UGUGCAAGAGCAGAGCUGGAAGGUGCAUUUGUGAAGCUGACGAAAGAAGUAUCUCUCUCCUGUUUUCUGAUCACCGCGGCUCCCGUAACCUGCUCCUCCUGCGAGAGAGGGCGACCAGUCCUGGGCGAUUUGACAGUGUCAUUGACUGCUCCCAGACCCAAACCCAGUUUCUCGCUUUCUGGAUCUGGAUUAAGCAAAGUCAACGAUAUACAUAGUACAUUUCGCACUCAUAAAAAGAAGCUUUCACCUCAAGAACCUCUAUUAUGGUGUCGGUAAUAAUAGACCAGGCAUUUGUGACUCUUGCUACCAAUGAUGAUUAUUGUCAGGGUGCUCUGGUACUCUGCCAAUCUCUGAGGCAUCACAAGACGACGAGACGAAUAGUUGCUCUAUAUACACCACAGGUCUCCAGUAAUAUGAGGCGUGUCCUUGAGCGUCUGUUUGAUGAGAUCGUAGAAGUUAACGUGCUAGACAGCGGUGACUCUGCCCACUUGGCCCUGUUGACAAGACCGGAACUUGGCAUAACAUUUACCAAAAUACACUGCUGGUGCCUCACUCAGUAUUCCAAGUGCGUGUUCAUGGAUGCAGAUACUUUGGUGUGUAGUAACAUCGAUGACCUCUUUGAAAGGGAGGAGCUCUCUGCUGCCCCAGAUCCUGGCUGGCCAGACUGCUUCAAUACUGGAGUGUUUGUAUACAGGCCUUCCCUCGAAACCUACAAUCAGUUACUCAAGUUUGCCACUGAGAAAGGUAGCUUUGACGGAGGAGAUCAAGGCUUGUUGAAUAGUUUCUUCAGUGACUGGUCUACAACAGAUAUCCACAAACAUCUACCGUUCAUCUACAAUCUCAGUGCCAUUGCCAUAUACAGCUACCUCCCAGCCUUCAAGCACUUUGGCUCCAGCGUGAAAGUGUUUCAUUUCCUGGGCCCAACCAAGCCUUGGCAUCUCAAGUACGACGCUCAGACCAAGUGUGUUAUCCAGGAGAACCUGGCUCCCUCCGACUCACUGUUUAUAGACUUUCUGAAUUUGUGGUGGGACAUCUACACCACCUGCAUUUUGCCGUUGCUGGGAGAACAUGAAGUUGCAGACAAAAAGACGCUCGAAUACCAGAUGCCUCAAGCAGGAGAUCUCCAAGUUAGCAUGAGACGUCAGGAAGAAGCUGUUGCACAUGAGAAACCCAUCAAGGCUUCCAAAAUUCUGGAGACGCAGGACCAUUUGCAAAGCGCUGAGAAAAGAGAAAAGAUAACCGCUGGCCGUUCCAUGUUAACCAAACAACACUAUUUUGCAUAUAUACCUAAUGACAAUGUAAAAGAACCGAAUGUGCCGUUACUCGCUGAACCCCUUACGACGUCUUUGGAGAUGGAAACUGAAAUUACACCUCCUGUCACACCUGAGCCAAGUAAACCACCCCCCCACCAGGAAGAUGUAGCAGCCUCUCUCGCAGACCUGUCCUUGGAGGGAGAGCCAACCCAGUCCAUGCAAGCGGAGGAAAGACGGAGGUGGGAAGAAGGCAAUGUGGAUUAUCUGGGAAGGGAUGCUUUUGUAAACAUUCAGAGAAAGUUGGACCGGUUCCUGAAGUAGUGCGUUGGCUGUUGAUCAUGCGCUGUUGGGCUGAAACACUUUUGCUUUAUGUAUGAAAUAAGGAUGGCAGCUCAAUCCUGAAGCAAAGAAACAAAUUGACUGUCCAUUUAAAAUUGCAUUGUAUAUAGAUUUUGGGUUUUGGAUGAACGUGUAUUUUUUUUUACAUUGUUUCGUGCUAUUAAAAAGCAUUUACUGAUUA